CCUCCCGCCCUCCCUCCGGAGACACGAGCCGAACUGGGCGUCAGGUCGGGGAGCCGGUCGGGUUCCCGCUCGCCGCCGCCGCCCCCCGCCGCGCCUCUCCCGCCUCGCCGGCCGCGGGAGCUGCAGCGGCCGCUCUGCUCUGCAGCCCGAGUCGCGACACGCCGAGCCCCUCUUCGUCUCCAGCCGGGGCGACCCCUCCCGGGUCCGCCCUCGCCCGGCGAGGCCACCGGAGCCCACAGCCCCGGGCGACCCCGCUCCCGCAUCUCGGCCCCUGCACUCCCCGCAGCCGCCGCACGCCCCGCCGGCCGGAACAUGGACUCCGACUCGUGCGCCGCCGCCUUCCACGCGGAGGAGUACUCCCCCAGCUGUAAGCGGCGCAGGACAGUGGAGGACUUCAACAAGUUCUGCACCUUUGUUCUGGCAUAUGCUGGCUACAUCCCGUACCCGAAGGAGGAACUCCCUCUGAGGAGCAGCCCCAGCCCUGCCAACAGCACUGCGGGCACCGUCGACAGCGAUGGCUGGGACGCUGGCUUCACGGACCUUGCGGGCCCCGUGACCUUGCCCGUCUCUGACCGCUGCUUCAGCCACCUGCAGCCCACCCUCCUGCAGCGGGCCAAGCCCAGCAACUUCCUGCUGGACAGAAAGAAAACGGACAAGCUGAAGAAGAAGAAGAAGAGGAAGCGAAGGGACAGCGCCGAGCCCGUGACGGGGAGCUACCAGGGCGCCCUGGUGAAGCUCGAAGCCCCCGAUGCGUUUGUGGAGCCCCCCACGAGCCCCGCGCUGCAGGACAUCCCCCAGGCCCCUAGCGACCCCUGCUCUGGCUGGGACUCGGACACUCCCUCGAGUGGAUCUUGUGCCGCUGUGUCCCCCGAUCAGGGCAAAGAGAUGAAAACGGAAGGCAAACGGACUGUCGUCCGGCAGGGGAAGCAGGUGGUGUUCCGUGACGAGGACAGCACGGGCAACGACGAGGACAUCAUGGUGGACUCUGAUGACGAUUCCUGGGACCUCGUCACGUGCUUCUGCAUGAAGCCGUUUGCUGGCCGCCCCAUGAUCGAGUGCAACGAGUGCCACACCUGGGUCCACCUGUCCUGUGCCAAGAUCCGCAAGUCCAACGUCCCCGAGGUGUUUGUCUGCCAGAAGUGCCGGGACUCCAAGUUCGACAUCCGCCGCUCCAGCCGCUCCCGGAUGGGCUCCCGGAAGCUGUUUCUGGACUGAGCGCCGGGCGCCUGGAGUGCCGGGAUGGCGAGCAUAGAACUCUGAGCUCUGGUGCGGGCAGGUCCCCGCCUCUCAGGUGCCUAAGCAAAGGGACAGGCUGUCCAUAGCCAACAAACUAUAUAGCCGGUGACCGAAUAAAGCCUUGUGCUGGCCAGAGCUGCUGCCAGAGCUCUG